CUUAAAGUAGAACAUACACAUGACAUUUCUGCAUAAAAGUCAAACUAUGGUACUGUUUAUGCAGAGGAUCGCACAGCACCGUUUAACAAACCAGGCUCGAACCCAUUCUCCGGCUCGACCUGAACUCAGGAGUGAACCUGCACAAGAGGGCAAACUCUCCGACGCUCAAGUCAGUAUAGGUCGAACUCAAUAUUAGGUUUGAUGUGAGAUUCGAUACCUGAGCAUGAAAUGAGACCCUCUAUUUAUGGGUGGUGGGUCCGACAGUACUCACGACCGGCGGUUAUCUGUCUUUUCUCAUGUCGAACCUGUCGGGUUCCAAGUAGAUCGAACCCCAAUCAGGUCGAACCUCGGCCUCUACACUUAGCCUUUUUCAUGGACGAACUCGGUCCCCUCGACAGGUUCGAGGUGGACAUAGAAUAUUCUUUUACUUAUUUUUGAACACCACUGAGCGUCCUCCACGUGUCCAUAGCAUUUUUCCCCCAAACAUUGGCCCCCUCUCUGCCAGGUUCGAUCUCGAUCUGCCAGAGAAGUUAUUUGGUUCAAAUUAGGACACGUGGCGACUUCUGGUUCGCGGUGCGAAUAUGACCGUUGUGGAAGCGGAAUACGUUCCGGCCUGACAGGCUGUUGGAGCACUCAAGUAUUCCGACGUUAGAAAUUCCGAGACGAUCCCAGCCGCUCAUUUGUUACAUGUGUACGGUGCAGAGACUUUCCCGAUUUGCUAUAAAUAGCUCCCAGUCUUCAAGUCAGACCUUAUGCUUCCUGAAUUUCCAGAGUUCGACCUGAAAUUAGUUCGAACCCUCUGUAGGUCAGUAGUUUUCCUUGCUUUAAUUCUUAUCUUCAACUAUGGUAGUUUUCAUGUCGUUUUCUUCCAAUAGUGGUAGCUUAGGUAGCGCAGGUCGGACUAUAAGCAGUUCGCCCACUCAGCCAAGUUAUUCUGGGGAGGACUUAGCUCGUAUGUUAGAGUCCGAACUGGAAAAGGUUGAGAAUUUUAGGUUUUCCGACGAUGGAGAAGACAGUGACGCUUCCACCUCGGGCUAGGGUUUGGAAUACCCUUCAAAAAUGCCCGAGCACUAUCUCGGACCCCUCCGUAGGGGGUUUAAAAUUCCGGAUGACAUCCUCCUUAGAAUUCCGGAGGAAGGGAAAGAUCUGACAACCCUCAAGAGGGGUGGGUCACUCGGCCUCAGACUUCCUCUUCACCCUUUUGCCCAGGAGUUCCUAAACCGAUCUGGACUGGCUCCUGCUCAAGUGGCCCCCAAUGGAUGGGGUGUCAUUUUUGCUUGGCCAUCCUCUUCUGGUUACGUGCUCGGGACGAGGACGAGGCCGAGUUGCUGAACAUUGAACAGCUUCUUAUGUGCGCAAUGAAAGGCACAGGUGGAAUAGUUAAGAGGCUGACCUCCAUCAAAGGAUGGGUGAGGAAGUGGUUCUUUGCCUCUAGAGAAUGGCUGGCAAAGGACGAGUCUGGUCAUCUAUUCUUUGACGUUCCCGUUAGGUUUGGGAAUUUAGUGUCAAUCAGACCAAUUCCCGAGCUCACUCAAGCAUCCUUUGAUACUCUUAAGUAUUACAAGGAUAGCUUUCCAAAGGGCAGGAAGAUCGGAACCCUGGUGACCAACAAACUGCUUCUUGACUUCUGGUUGUUAGAUUACAACCCCUUGGUGCGUCCGAUCGAAGCUUCAAGGCCAAACUCCGAACUCGGUAAGUCGUGCUCAACCUCAAUUUUGAAUUUCGUUUUCCGACCUCGAUUUAUGAUCUUUUACUUGUUUGUUUGGUAGCAAUAGUGUGCGGAUUUCCGGCAGCGUGAAGCGUAAGUCUAAGGGCCGUGCUCACGCCCUCAAGG